UCCACGCCAUAUCUGACAACCAUCCAUCCCCACAAAUCUCAGACGAGCCCCUCUCGGGUCUUGUCACCAAAAGCGAUUCUGGUUUUGGGCCGAGAAGAAGUAUUUUUGGCUUUGGAUUUUCGGAGUAGAGAAGAGUAGGGAAGAGAGGAAGCAGCGGAUCGGAUACUUCCUCUCUGAGUGACGCGCUCCUGAGAUUCUCUCUUUCUCUCUGCUCUCCGAUCUGAGCGUCUCAGCUGGGUCUGCCUUGUCAUCUUAAAACCAUCCCUUUUAGCGCGUGUAGAUGUUCAGAGAAUGGCCGAGGAGCAGAACCCACCACCAACCCAAGAACAGCAACAACACCACCAACAGCAGCAGAGCCCACUCCCACCGUCCUCCAAAGUCCCUCGCCUUUCAUCAGAUGCCUCAGAGUUGGUAACGAUGGCGGCUCCGUCGCCGCUGGUGCUGGGGCUGGGAUUGGGGUUGGGGGUUGGGGGUGGUUACAGCAGGCCGGCCUUCACGUUUCUGCAGCUGCAAGAGCUGGAGCACCAGGCGCUCAUCUACAAGUACAUGGUGGCGGGCGUCCCUGUCCCUCUCCACCUCGUCCUCCCCAUCUGGAAGAGCGUCGCCGCCGCCUCCUACGGCCCCCACCACUACCCUUCUUUCAUGGGGUACGGUAGCUUGUGCUUGGACUACAGGAAUAGCAUGGAACCGGAGCCCGGGCGUUGCCGGAGAACCGACGGUAAGAAGUGGCGGUGCUCCCGGGACGUCGUCCCCGACCAGAAGUACUGCGAGCGCCACAUGCACCGUGGCCGCAACCGUUCAAGAAAGCCUGUGGAAGCAGGAUCUGGUGCAACAAGCGCCCCCGCCUCCGCCACCUCCACGGCCACGGCCACGGUCACCGCCAUCACCACGGCUGCCGCCGCCACCCUCCAAGUCGAAGCCAACAAUAAUAUUAAUCGUAACACCGCAACCCAUCUCUCUAUUGCCAUCCCAUCUGGCGGUGGUCUCCAGCUGAUGCCCACCACCAACUCCAGCAGCAGCAGCGGCGGCGGCAGCACCAAUGUGUCGCCUCCAAGGCUUGGCUUCUCGCCCACCAGCGUCCUACAGUGCGGCACCGCUUGUAAAACCGGACCUUCUUGAGAGUUUAGACUCUCUCUGUCCCUCGUUUGUCUUUUUUUCUUUUUUUUUUUUGUAUCUUUAUCUUUUUUGUAUUUUGUCUAGAUGUGAGUGUUGGAGAACAUCAAGGUAUGCUGGUGUCUUUUGGGAGAGAACCCUACCCACCUCCCAUGAGCCUCUUCAUCUUUUGUUCUUUCUUUACUAUGCCAAAGAGUGGUGUGAAGUGAGUUCAAAAUGAGGUGGUGGGUUUAUUUUGAAGCUUCCAAUCUCUCUCUUAUCUUGCCUCAACUCAUUGAACUCAAUUAGCUAGCAGGCAAAUGUGGUGCAGCUUUUUCAUCGCGGCCUGAAUACGUAUGUCUGGUAAUAGGCGUGAAUACGUAUAUGAUACCAAUGUGGUGUGGUGAAUGGCAGAGUAAACAAACAGGUGGAAUGAUUAUUGGGGCAUCGUUGUCGUUUAUGAGUUUAA